GUCUCAGUCUUCUCCCUCACAUGGUGGUAAUGGUGGAAGAAAGAAACUUAGCUAUGGAGAACCAGAAACCCAAACCCGCCAUUGUUAACACCUCACCACCUCAAUCACCAUCACCAUCUACUUCGGAGAUUGCUCUAGUCCAUUUGAUUUGCGCCAUUGGAAUAGCCAUAUCCAUUUCUCUGACUAAAUAUCUUCACUUCAUCACUCUCAUUUCUCACCCUUCCCAAACCCUCCUCCUGAUCUGGGUGAUUCAAUGCCCAAUUGUGAUUAUUCUCUACAGUCGUUUUAGACAGAAUCGUCAACAAUGUUCGUUCUUCAGAGCUGUUUUGCGUGGCAUUGUAGGAAUUUUUGCUGGGGCUCUGGUUAAUGCUUUUGUAGCCAUUGCUUUGGGCGCACCGAUAGGCGAAAAGUAUAUUUCGAAGACUGUUAAUUGGUCUAUAAUGAUGUCAUUGUUCACGGUUGUGCCCGCAGCUUCGGUGUUUGGUUCAUCGUGGACAGAUUGGCAGCGCAUAUUUGCUAAUACAAAACCAGUUGGACCUAUAGAUUAUAUGAUUUGUUUACCAGCACAUGGAGCUGUAAUUGGAGCAUGGUUUGGGGCUUGGCCUAUGCCACUUGACUGGGAAAGGCCUUGGCAGGAAUGGCCUAUAUGUGUGAGUUAUGGAGCUAUAUCUGGAUACCUUAUUGGAAUGGCGGCAUCGUUCUUAUUUGUACUUGUACGUCGCACAUUGCAUCAUACGAAAACAGACUAACUAGUAAAAUGUUCUUUUAGAAAAAAGAAAAGAGAGGAAACAACACAGUGGAGAGGAGUAGAAGUAAUCUUACAACAACAACAACACUGAGAUCAUAGGGAAAUUUAGUUGAAUGUAGUUAAACAUAAAAUGUUUGUUGCCUUUUGUGCUGGGCUUUGUUAUAAAUUGUAACUUGUUGAAUGUGGAAUUUCUCACUCACUUAUUUUGUUUCCUCUUGGUCCAUAUAUUGUAGCUUUGUAUAUGUGAAAGCUAGAAGAAUUUGAUUACUUUUGAGUACAAAAUUUUAAUUUUUCUAUC